CACAGGGGGGUAGGGGCUUCUCCAAUUUACCGGCGUCUCAGACAGUUCUGUGUCAGUAGCCAUAGGAUAUAGGCUGCAACCAUGGACGACCAGGGAUAUUAUAGUAAUAAUAGAAUCAAUUCAGGAGUUAAUCGGAGAGCGAAUAGGCAGUCUGGAAAUAAUGCAUGGCAAGAGCCCGGGGAUUCCAAUCCUAAUGUCAAUGCUAACGCACCUGUUAACGCGAACACCGACCCACAAACACAGCAGGAUCCAACUCAGCCUCGACAUUCAGAUGGGUUCACCAUGUUACCACCCAUUGAAUCACGAAGGAGUAAACUACAAAUGAUGGCUCAGAAAGAAGAGGAGGAUUUACAGAGAUGGAAGGAAGCAAACAGACCUGGUCCUGUCCAGCUGGCCCCAGAGAGGCUAGGUGGUGCUGUGUCAUUGGCUGAGGCCAGAGAGAGGCAGCUGUUGGAGUUACGCCGAUCUAAACUGCAGAAACAGCUGAGAAAAGAGGAGAUGGACCGGCAACGGAAACAGGCUGAGGAAGAGGAGAAUGACAGGAUGAAGGCUAAACAGCGGGAGAAGGCUGAGAGACUGGAGGAGAGGAGAGAACAGGAGGAGAGGCAGAGGAGAGAAAUUCUCCAACAGGACCACCUCAGGAAGACAAAGCAGUUCCUUCAGAGGGUGGAGAGGUCAGAUGCAGCUCCAUUGGCAGUGACUAGUGCCUCACACACAUCACCCUGGAGUCCUGAGACCCUGUUUUCUUAUGUUCCUGUCCUGCAGGCCAGAGCCCAGGAAUACAGGUCAGAGAGGAGAGAGGAGGAGAACACCGCUCUACAGCUGAAGAAGGAGGAACAGAGGAAGAAGACUGAGGUUUUGGAGGAGAAAGAGAGUGAUCAAGAGGAGGAGAGGAUGAGAGAAUUGAGAAGGGGGAGAUCAGCUUUCCUCGACCGACUGCAGGGUGGGGUCACAGAGGUUGCAGGGGGGCAUAUUGAGCUACAGCGCCCCCCUGUGGCUAUGGAGGAGGACAGAAGAGGCUGGCAGACCCAUAGCCAGACCUCCCGACCACAAGACACCUUUACAUCCCCGGAGCCUGACCCAGCACACAGCACCUCAGAGUGGCGAGAGGAGACCAAUCCAGACUUUGAGUGGGUUGUGAUGAAGCUUCAGAAUAGCUUCACGUUCUGUGAGAGACCCUUUCUGGAGGACAUCGUCAUUCAGUGUAACGGAGACUAUCAACAGGCCUAUGACUUACUUAUCUAGUGUUGCGGAGACUACCAACAGGCAUGUGUGUUAGUCUAAUGUCAACCCUUGUGUAUUAACUUUUAGUGCUGAAUCUUCCUCAUAUCUUCAUCUAGUACUAAUAAUAUUCUGAACCUUGAAAGUAAUAGUACAAUUGUGAAACUUGAUUCCGUAAUAAUGAUAAUAUUGUGAAACUUGACAAUAUCUAUGGAUCAAGUAAUGAUACUAUUGUGAAAGGUAAUAUCUUAGUAAUAAUAAUAGAGUGAAACUACUUAAUUUCUUCAGCACAAAUUACAAAUUGCUCCAUUGUGUCUGACAUUGAUUUAGGAUGUUUUUUACAAAUGAGUUGUAGGUCACUAGGAUGAGUCAGCAUCUUUAUAUCCAUUUGGCUUUUAACAAGCUCAUUGUGUUGUUAUGGAAACAUCUGUCCUGUUUUCUGUUUCUCUGAAUAAAGGCUAAUCACAAUAGCAUGUUGGCUAUCCAUUACAAGGGUUUGUCAUCUGUAUGAUGGACAACAAUAGACCGUCUCCCUUGGUGUGUCCUAUUAGAUAAUAUAUUGGGUCUUUAUGUUCUGUGUCACCUCUGGUUUUGCUGAGAUGUUUGACUUUUCACUUUGUAUUCUUCAGAUGUUUCCCUGAUUGAAUUAGUAUUGUGAUGUUUGGGUCAGCUAUCCAGGGCUGUGCUUAAUAAAUCGUUGUUCAACACGA